ACACAUCAGACACUCUCUUGCAGUGCCUCAUCCACACUAUCUGAACCACUGCAGGCCUGGAUACGUCAUCGUUUUCAUGGUGCUAUCUUGUGCCUCUUUGCACCUGCAUGCACUGUGUUUCCUACAUGGGAUGUAUCUGUGUUUACAACCAAACUCCCAGGGGCCAAAUUAUAUCCUUUGUAAAAGACUUCAAACCACCAGACAUUUGCUGGAAGUUUCACAGAGGAGACAAGCAUUUUUCAUCAUUUAAUUUGUUUUGCUGGUCAAAGAGGAAAAGGAGUGGAUGGACCAAGUGGGGCCCAAAGUCUGGAUCUAGUUCUGACCAGCAAGGAGACAUUGAUGCACAAUGGGGAAGAGACCUUGGCAUUUUCAACUGGCCGAGCAGACCUUCCCUGAUGGAUGACCUCUGUGAAGCAAAUGGCACUUUUGCCAUCAGCUUAUUUAAAAUAUUAGGGGAAGAGGACAACUCAAGAAAUGUAUUCUUCUCUCCCAUGAGCAUCUCCUCUGCCCUGGCCAUGGUCUUCAUGGGGGCAAAGGGAAGCACCGCAGCCCAGAUGUCCCAGGCACUUUGUUUGUACAAGGACGGAGAUAUUCACCAAGGUUUCCAGUCACUUCUCAGUGAAGUUAACAGAACUGGCACUCAGUACUUGCUUAGAACUGCCAACAGGCUCUUUGGAGAAAAGACGUGUGAUUUCCUUCCAGACUUUAAAGAAUCCUGUCAGAAGUUCUAUCAGGCAGAGCUGGAGGAGCUAUCCUUUGCUGGAGAUACGGAAGAGUGCAGGAAACAUAUAAAUGACUGGGUGGCAGAAAAGACUGAAGGUAAGAUUUCAGAGGUACUGGAUGCUGGGACAGUCGGUCCCCUGACAAAGCUGGUCCUUGUGAAUGCCGUCUAUUUCAAGGGAAAGUGGAAUGAGCAAUUUGACAGAAAGUACACAAGGGGGAUGCUCUUUAAAACCAACGAGGAAAAAAAGACAGUGCAGAUGAUGUUUAAGGAAGCUAAAUUUAAAAUAGGGUAUGUGGACGAGGUGCACACCCAGGUCCUGGAGCUGCCAUAUGUGGAAGAGGAGCUGAGCAUGGUCAUUCUGCUUCCCGAUGAUGACACGGACCUCGCCGUGGAUACACUGAGAAGUACUAGCUUCUUCUAUGACAUUCUUGCCAACAUUCUCAGCACCUGAAUGUAAGUGCAGAAACAUCAGACAGAACUGAAUUGAGGGAUAUUCUACCAAAUAAUUGAUUGAAACUCUGCAAAAGAGGCAAUGUCAUAAAAGACAAGCGCUGCGGAGGUGCCACAGGAGGAUGUGUGAUAACUAAUUGCAACCUGCGAGUUUCUUUGGGUCCCACAAAAGACCUGAAUAAAUACAAAAGACGACAUUCAAAUGUCCAAGAAGGAAAUAAAAAAAAAGAUUUGAUUAUGGUAGUUAUCAAGACAUGCAUAUGAAAUGCACAGUGAAAUACCACCACAAGUAUACCAAAGUAGGUAACAUUAAAACUACUGACAACAUCAAGAGUGGGCAAUGAUGUAGAACAACUGGAAUUCUCCUACAUUUUUGUUGGGAAUAAAUUAGUAAAGACACUUAGAAAUUGGCACUAUCUACAAAAGCCUAAUAGUGUUGAAGCAAACACUGCACUAAACGAAGUUAAGCAUAUCCUAUAGUCUGAAUGCUGUGUUCCACCAAAAUUUAUAUGUUGAAACCCAAAGUCCAAUGUGUCAGUAUUAAGAGGUGGAACCUUCAGGAGGUGAUUAGGUCCUGAGGAAAAAGCCCUCAUAAAUGGGAUUGAUGUCCUCAUAAAAGAGGCCCCAGAAAACUACCUUGCCCCUCUGCCAUGUGAGUAUGCAGUGAGAAGGUGCCAUCUAUGAAGCAGAGAACAAGCCCUCACCAGACAUCAAAUUUAAUAGCACUUUGAUCUUGGACUUCCCAGCCUCUAAAACUGUAAGAAAAAAAUUUAUGUUGUUUAUAAGCUACCAAAUUUAUGGUCUUUUGUUUAGCAGCCUGAACAGACUAAGACAGGCUAUAAGGAAGUGUUUAUUCAAUGCUAUUACUGUAGGGGAGAGAGACCGGAACAUAGUCUGUGUUCAACUUCACUAAAACAAAGGAGUUUUUGAGAAGUGGGGUGGAUAUUAGGACAUGUGGGUUUGCUAUCUGGCCUUACCUAAAGGAAAAGUAAGUUUUCUCACAUCUUCCUGGCAGAAGGUAGUUUUACAACUCCAAGCAAGGUGCCCACUGACAUUAGUCUCCCACCCUCCCACAGAAACAGGGAAAUAAGACGCCAUCUUCCUUGUGAUUUUUGAAACAGCUCCCAGGUCCUUAGGAAACAGUCCUGCAUUGAAAAAUUGUCAGGAGGCUUUUAAAAAGAUUUACAUGUCCAAGGAACAGAGAAAUCAUUCACAAUGACAAGUUUUCUAAAGUCAGUGCUCUGAUAAAAUGGCCAUGUGGUUAGGUCAUCUGGAUUCCAUAAGGUACUGGGGUGAGAGGGAGAUCAGGUGCCUAGAGGCAAGAAGAGACCUAUUUAAAGUAUAGUCGAACUGAGGGAAAGUUAAGGCUGCCUUAGUACAUAGGUAUAUUCUGUGGCCAAGUGUUAUGGCUUGAAUUUUUUUGUUUCAAAUUCAUUUGUUGAAACUCUAAACCCCAAUUUGAUGUUAUUCAGAGAUGGGGCCCUUGGGAGGUAAUUUGAAUUAUAUGAGAUCUUGAGAAUAGGACUCACCGUGAUGAGAUUAAUGCCCUUAAAAGAAGAGAGACUAACACACCGAGGAAAUGCCAUGUGAGGACACAGAGAUGGCAGCUGUCCACGUCCCAGGGAGAGGGUCCUCUCCAGAACCCAGACAUGCUGGACCUCUGAUUGCCAACUGCCAACCUCAAAAAUGCAAACCAAAUUUCUCUUAUUUAAGCCACUCAGUCUGUGGUAUUGUAUUAUGGCAGUCAGAGAUGAUGGAAGUAGAGUGGGGUAAUUGACUAGGAGUCUGGAAAUACUCUAUAUCUUGAUUUGGUGGUAGUUACAUGGAUUAAAAUUAUUAGCUAUUAUUUUGAAAGUCACUAGGUGUAUACUUAUGACUAGCGUACUUUGUAUAAGUUCUAAUUCAAUGAAAAAAUAAAGUAAAAUAAAAACGUUUGGGGGACAGCUAAAAUGGAACUUCAUGAGAAAUUUGUAGAUUUUGAUGCCCAUGUUAGAGAAAACAAGGCGAAAAGAACCUAUGCAUCCAACUUAAUUAGAAAUGUGUAAGUAGAAUAAACCCAAAUGACUCAGAGGAAAGAAAAUACAAAAAAUAAAAGAAGAUACUUAUGAAAUAGCAGAUAAAUGAUAUAAUAGAGAGGAUCUACAAAAUGAAAAUCUGAUUCUUUGAAAAAGUAAAAUAACCUCCAGAAAGAUUAACUGCAAUGAAAAAAAUACAAGAUUGUACAGAUAAAAAAGAGUAAAAAUGAAAACGGAGACAUAAUUAUAGAUGCAGCUGAGAUUACAAUAUAAUAAUGCUAUAAACAACUUUAUGUCAAUAUAUUUGAAAACCUAAGAGAAACAGAAAAGUCUUCAAGAUAUAUAAUUCACAAAACUAAACUUGUAAGGAAAAAAACAACCUCAAUGAGCCUAUAAACAUUUAAAAAAUUAAAUCAAAAAUUUAAUGUUCUCCCAUAAAGGAAACACCAGUUUCGGAUGAUUUUACAAGUAAAUUUCAGCAAACGAAAAGAAAGAGAUGAUCUACAUUUACAAAAAGAAUAUCUUGCCAUUAUUUUUAAAAUAAAAGCAUACUGUUCAACUGAUUUUAUAAAGCUAAUGUAACUUUGAUACCUGUAUUAGUCCAUUCUCUCACUGCUGCUAGAAAUACCUGACACUGGUAAUUUAUAAAGAAAAGAGGCUUAAUUGACUCAUGGUUCUACAGGUUGUACAGGAUUCUGCUUCUGGGGAGGCUUCCAGAACUUAAAAUCGUGGUGAAAGGUGAAGAGGAAGCAGGCACGUCUUACAUGGUUGGAGCAGCAGAAAGAAAGGGAGGAGGUGCUAUACUCUUUUAUACAAUCAGAUCUCGUGGUAGGUUACUCACUCUUAUGAGAACAGCACCAAGAGGGAAAUGGGCCCCCAUGAUCCAGUCACCUCCCACACGGCCCUACCUCCAACACUGGGGAUUGCAAGUUGACAUGAGAUUUGGGCGGGAACACAGACCCUACCCGUAUCAAUACCAAAACCAGAGAUAAACUGUACAAGAACACAGCAUCAAAAGCCAAUCUAAAGUGAUGGAUAAUAGACAUGUUCUUAAUUAAUAUUUUAUUACUUAAUUUUUAAUUAAUUGUGACAAAUCAAACCGAACGUUAUUAUAAGAAUAUUAUAUGAAAAGUAUUUUGUAUCAUGAAAUGUAAGGUUGGUGCAACAUUUAAAAAUAAAUUUUUAUGUUUAACCAAGUUGGCAGGUUAAAUAAAAUGAAGGAAUUCCUCAAUCACUUCAAAAGGUGUAGAACAAAACAUUCAUUAAGCUUUAACAUGUAUUCAGGAGAAAAAUUCUUAAUAAACAAAAUAGAGAGGGGAUUUCCAGUACUUUUUUGUUUUGAACACAGAGUCUCA